GUAUUCCAUGUGUAUCGCAUCCGACACCAUGGACUUCGUCGCCAAGCAAGUAUUCAAGAGCAAAGUGAGCAGCGUCAAAGACUCGAUGGGAUUCGGCGACGAAAAGGAGGAGAAAAAAAGCUCUGGUCCAAGCGACGAACAACUACGACAGGAAAGAGAAAAAGAAGACGCACGGAAAGCGAAACUUAACGAACAGAGAGCCAAAAGACACGCAGAGCGAGAAUCCGAGCGUGACAAGAUAAGAGCGAAGUAUGGUUUGAAGACAAAAGGAGACGGCAGGAAACCUCAGUCAGAGCAGGAGAGCCGUGGCGACUCCUGUUGUGUCAUGUGACCUUGAUGACGUAAUUAAUCGCGGAUUAAACUGUAAAGAGGUAUUGUACAGCACCGUGAAUGUCUCUACUGUUCGUACACGGUAAUUACUAACUUGCCGAAUAGGCUAAUAGACAAAAUACAGAUUUUGUAUUGCGCAUGCGUCAUGAAAUUGUUUAUGUGUACUUAGUGUGUAGCAUUGUUUGUCACAUCCCUAGAACUGUCGUUGUUAGGUAACCGAGUACCAUAAAUUUUGUAAUAAAAAUUAAGCACAACAA